UUAGUAUAUUAGGGCUCGUCUUGUCUCACACUUAAACACUAUUUCUUAAAUAAUAUUUUGAAGAAUUUUUCAUAUUGUUUCAAAGUGUAUAUUCGCUCACGAGACACACUCAAAAGUGAUCGGGAAUCGUUGAGAAUAACGUUCUACAAAAAUGAUUUUUUUUUCGUAGAUUAUUGUAGGCUACUGGUAGCGAAUUAUGGGUAAAACAUUCGUUUGCGUUUUUUCGAAAGAAAAAAAAUUUGUGAUUUGAAGGAAGUUUAUUCUGGGAAGAUAGAAAAAUGUUGGUGAAAUUGGAAAUGUUUUUUGUUUUGAAUUGAGUUACGUGCAAUGUAAUGAAACAACGUCGUUCAGAGAAAAAAUGGCAGUCGAUUUUGUACGAAGGAAACAACGAUAGGGGAGGGGGCUGUUUUAAUGGAGUGAACAUUUCUGAAAGGAGGAAGACAUUCGUAGUGGGCGGGUCUACGAGACUGAGGUGGAGCGGAAAUCCUAGCCAGCGAAAUUGACGAAAUAUAGCGACAGAAUACGACCAAUAAAGAGAGUUUUCGGAAGGCGCGUGCGAAACCGAAGAGCAUGGGGACGAGAAAAUCAGAACGCUAAUGUUAAACUUGGAGGAUUUGUUGUACAGCGAGAGCGGGGGCACUCGUCGAACAUACGAAGCGAGAUAUCUCCAUCGCAGCUUCAUUCUGCCAGUAUGGAGCUUGGACGAUGGUAGAAGUUUUGGAGGGGCUACGCCGGUAAGGCCUCCCCCGCUGUACACAACCCCUAUACUGCAGUACACCGUGUCGCUCCCACUAUUCGUGGCCUGCACGAGGGCAGUUUGACCCAAACGCAACUGGACUCGGUGACGAAAACACGGUUACACCAGAGCACUCGAAUAAACUCUUUUCAAUUGAACUUCGAAAUUCGUUACAUUAUUUAGACUUGAUGAUUAUAAUUUUCAUAUUUUUAUGUAAUUUGGAAUAAUGAAGGGGAGAUUAUAAUCAUUUGACAUAUUGCGAGACAAAAUGUUUUUAUGUUUUUUCGGUUAUUCGGAUGAAUAAAUUUGUUGAAUGAAAGACAUUCAUAAUUUAAAUAUUUGGGUAGAAUCUGAUAAUAAUUGACAGUCAGUGGGGAUAAAGUUAUCGGGAAAUUGAUUUUUUUGUUAGAAAGAUUAAUUAGCGUAUUGACAGCUCAAGUGCAACAACUGUGAUCAGGUGACACAAAAACAUUCGAGCGACAGGAAUUAUUCAAAUUUUGAAUAAAAAUUAACUUGUGGAAUGAUUCCCGGAAGUUUAAAUCGUUUCUGCUAAUAUCGUCGUGCUGUACGUCGUCAAGUGUCGAAAAAUUAACGAUGAAUUUCGGUUGAGUUAUUGAAAGCGCGUAUUCGAAGAUCAGUGGAAAUAAGAGUGCUGAAAACGUCAGUGAAGAUAAGACGCCAAAUAAUGAAAGGAUCGUCCGGCGUCGGGAAAGUGGCCCGACCAUCGUCGCCACGAGAUUUUUUUGCGCGUAUUUACGGUCACCUUGAAACGAGACGCGACAGUCGUAAUCACGCUCGCGAGACAACAUUACCGCGUGAACUAUUGCGAGUGAGCGAAGUGUGCUCGUCGAAUCAGAGCUCGUCAACGUCGACGGAUAGUAAGGGCUCGCUCGUUUCGAUACGGGAAAAAUUGAAAGUCGACGAGAGAGACGAAAAGGGAGUUCGGAAGGUGCAAAAAACAGAGAAACAGGAUGAGCGAAACCUUGAAAAUUCAACCCUCGAAUCCGGUAAUCAGUGCCCCAUUAUCGUGCCUCUCUUGGCACGUCCGGCUCGGGGACUUUCGACUAAAUCUGCUAUCGCCCCCUUACCGACAUGUAAUAGUGUCGCUGAUCCUGCUCGCUUCAUUACAUCCAACCACCUGACGCAUCGAGGAACACCCGGCCGACUUCCGCUUCGUACAUCCCACACCGAAUUACACUUCAACGGUUUCUCAGCUUUUCUCGCGCGUCGGAGAAGCCGGAAGGAGAACAGACCUCGAAGACAAAGAACGACCUUCAGCCUACAGCAAACGGCUCGUCUCGAGUCCGAAUAUCACAGAGGGGAGUACAUAUCGCGAGGACGAAGGUUCGAACUCGCCUCGUCGCUGGCUCUCACAGAAACUCAAAUAAAAAUUUGGUUCCAAAAUCGUCGUGCCAAAGACAAACGUAUCGAAAAGGCCCAGUUGGAUCAACGAUAUCGAAACUUUGUUGUCGCAUCUAACGGAUUGACGAACAUUGCGGCGUUGUAUAAUGCCGGUGCAACUGUAUCUGGGACAACGGGAUCGGCGGAAGUGUGUCGAUUUUGUUUGGGAAAAAGUAGCCCUGCAGGUCGCUACGCUCUGUGCAAUUGUCUCGUAUCGGGAAUAGCUCAACGCUCAACAACAAUGAACCACUUCGGAGCAUCAACUUACGCAGAGGAACAGCGCCAAAAUUCAAGUCCCCACGUCAAUAGUAACAACAUCAGUGGUAACAGUAAUUGCAGUCUUGGCAGCAACAGCAGUAGCGGAGGUGGCUACAAUUUCAAUAACGUCGAGGACAGCGAAGGUGAAAACAAUGGGACCGGCAGUCUUAUAAUCCCGGCGAGAGUAGUCGUCUCGUGAACUUGAGAGUAUUCGUCUUGAUUUAACAGCAUCCUUUUUCAGUUACGAUCGAACCAUAACAACAAUUUUUAGAACAUACACUCUCAAAGUAUUAUUGCCAAUAAAAACUCAAUAUUCGGUUCAGAAUUCAAUUCAGAAGACUGAAAAAAAUUUGUAUUCUUGAACAAGUAUAAUAAUAAAGAAAUAAAGAGCAAAGGCACACACGAAACAA